GCUUGGCCCUUAAUCACUUCAAAUACUUCUACUUGCAUGUUUUGGUGUUUGAGACUCAUUGUCUCUCCGCCCUUGUGUCAUGGUAUUGGUGUGGUCAAGCUAAACAGAAUUCGAGUAACUAGACAAUGUGCACUCAGCAAAAUUGGUGGGAAUGGGGUUUGUCCUUUACAUUAGGGUUGAUGGAGAUCCAAGAUUACUCAGGGUUACCUGAAACCCCGCAGAUGCUUCCACCUCCACCUGGAAGUUUUAUAGAUCGAGAAGAACUUAUCCAACAUGUAGGAGAGUUUGCCAUAUCACAAGGAUAUGUUGUAACUAUAAAGCAGUCCAAGAAGGAAAGAGUUGUAAUUCUUGGGUGUGACAGAGGAGGUGUUUAUCGUAAUAGACGAAAAUCUGUGGAUGAAGCAUCUGGGGAACAUAUUCGCAAAAGAAAAACAGGUUCUCGGCUUACAAAUUGUCCCUUUGAAUGUGUGGGUAAAAAAGAUGACGGUUUGUGGGUGCUCAGCAUUAAAAACGGUUCACACAACCAUGAACCGUUAACGGACAUUUCGGAGCAUCCUGCCGCUCGUCGUUUCACAGAGACGGAAGUGCUUCUUGUUAAAGAGAUGACAGAAGCUGGUUUAAAACCACGUCAAAUUCUCAAGAGACUGAGACAAAGCAAUCCAGAGCUUUUAUCGACGCCAAAACAUGUUUACAAUAUCAAGGCUAAGCUGCGACAAGGAAAUAUUACAGUGAAGAGAUUCAAGACAUUGAGACCUCAGACAUCUGCUGUGGGAAACUUACAUCUGCCAUCAACUAGCGAGCCAUCUUGGAGGCAGCGCUACCCUCCGAGGGUCCCCAAUCUCAUUGGUGGUAGAUUUGUUGAUUCUCAAUCAUCAGCCUCUGUUGAUGUAAUAAACCCUGCAACACAGCAAGUUGUCUCUCAAGUUCCUUUUACCACCACUGAAGAAUUUAAAGCUGCAAUAUUUGCAGCAAAAAGGGCUUUUCCAUCAUGGCGAAACACACUGGUUACCACUCGCCAACGUAUCAUGUUCAAGCUUCAAGAACUUAUCCGAAGAGACAUUGACAAGCUCGCGUUUAAUAUUACUUCUGAGCAGGGUAAAACAUUGAAGGAUGCAUAUAGUGAAGUGCUUCGUGGCCUAGAGGUGUUGGAGCAUGCUUGUGGAAUGGCAGGUUUACAAGUGGGGGAGUUUGCCUCAAAUAUACCAAAUGGAAUUGAUACGUACAGCAUAAGAGAGCCACUUGGUGUUUGUGCUGGUAUUUGUUCUUUCAACUUUCCAGCGAUGAUCCCAUUAUGGAUGUUUCCCUUUGCAGUUGCAUGUGGUAAUACCUUUAUUCUAAAGCCUUCUGAGAAAGCUCCAGGACCUUGUAUUAUACUUGCAGAGCUAGCACUUGAGGCUGGUUUGCCCAAUGGCGUCUUAAACAUUGUUCAUGGCACCAAUGAGAUCAUGAAUGCCAUCUGUGAUGAGGACGAUAUUAAAGCUAUAUCAUUUGCUGAUUCAGAUAAAGCCAGCAGGUAUUUAUACACUAGAGCAUCAGCUAAUGGGAAACGUAUUCAGUCUAAUUCGGGAGCCAAAAGUUCUGCGAUUGUCAUGCCAGAUGCAAACAUGGACACUACCUUGAAUGCAUUAUUUGCCGCUGGAUUUGGUGCUGCAGGACAGAGGUGCAUGGCAAUCAACACAGUACUUUUUGUCGGAGGCUCAAAUUCAUGGGAAGAUAAACUUGUAGAGCGUGCUAAAUCACUUAAGAUUAAUGCAGGAACUGAACCAGAUGCAGACCUUGGUCCGAUGAUCAGUAAACAGGCAAAGGAGCAUAUAUGCAGAUUGAUUCAGAAUGGUAUUGAUAAUGGUGCCACGCUAGCACUUGAUGGAAGAAACAUUGUGGUUCCAAGAUACGAACUGGGCAACUUUGUUGGUCCCACAAUAUUAUCUGACAUCAGAGAAGACAUGGAGUGUUACAAGGAGCAAAUUUUUGGCCCAGUGCUUCUUUGCAUGGAGGUUGAUAGCUUAGAUGAUGCCUUAAACAUUGUUAAUAGAAACAAAUGCGGCAAUGGAGCUUCAAUAUUUACAGCAUCCAUUGCAGCUGCUAGGAAAUUCCAGACUGAGAUUGUAGCUGGGCAGGUCGGUAUAAAUGUUCCUGUUGCAGCCCCACUGCCGUUUUUCUCAUUUACUGGCUCCAAGGCAUCUUUUGCAGGAGAUCUCAAUUUCUCUGGCAAGGCUGGAGUUGAAUUUUACACCCAGGUCAAAACAGUUACUCAACAAUGGAAGGAUUUUGAUAUUAGCAAUGGCAUGUGUCUGGAAAAUGGUGGAUUCCUAGAAUUUCCAAAUUCGUAUGAACCACAACAGACACUGCCAACUUCGGAUGGAUCGGAACAGACAUUGGCAAAUUCGGAUGGAUCACAACAGUCAUUGCCGACUUCAGACGGAUCACAGCAGACAUUUCCAAAUUCCAAUGGAUCACAACAGAUGCAAAAUGCCCAGUUAUCAUCCUAAUUUGGAUUUUUUUUCUUUUCCUUAUUUAUGUAGUAAUUUUUUUCCCCUGCAAGUGUAAAUUGUGUAGCUUCUCUGAACAGUUCAACGGAAUAAAGGUUUUCCUAUAUUAGUCCCUGUAAUUUGCGAUCGAGAUAGUUACUUUUAAAAAUAAAAUUUGCAAGGAUAGUUAGUAUUGUC